AACAAAACAAAAUAUGCCUUUUUGGGUAAAUAGUGUACAAAUACUAAAUCAUCUCAAAAAUACUUUCUAAACUUUCCAUUCCAAUAAAAUUAAAUUUGCGAAAAAAUGUUCAAAGUGGAAACAGGAUUGCGCAAUAAUCCAAGAUGGCCGACGAAAAGGCGCUUGAAUUUAAAAUUUUAGGGAAAUGUAGUCGUUCAAAAGCUCGAGUUUCUGUGAUAUCCUUGCCGCAUUACGAUGUAGAUGCUCCAGUAUUUAUGCCUGUCGGGACUCAGGGUACAUUAAAGGGCAUGACGUCAUAUCAACUAGAGAAAUUAGACUGUCAUAUAAUUCUUGGAAAUACUUAUCAUUUGGGGAUGAGACCUGUGAGUAUUCAUUUGUCGGACAUAUUGUGUGCUAUAUUUUAUAUAGUUAGUUGUACCGUUUCUAGUUUUCAGUUGUUGUACAAAUUAUAAGUAAUCUAAUGAUAAUUUGCUUAAUUUAUAGUGUAGUCUGUAGUGUUUCUUCCAUUAGUUAGUAUGUUGAUUUGACCCAAUUAGUACUCAUUUCCGCCAAUUAGUAUGCUUAUUUACUUAAUUAGUAUGCUAGUCUGCCUAAUUAGAUACUCAUUUGCCAAAUUAAAAUGUAGGAUUACCCCAUUGGUUUGCAGGAUUAUCUAAUUAUAUGCUAGUUUACCUAAUUAGUAUGCUGGUUUACCUAAUUAGUAUGUUGAUUGACUAAUUAGUAUGCUAGUUUAUGUAAUUAAUAUGCUGGUUAUUUUGCUUGCUGCAUAUUCCAGCUAUUUAUAGAUCUGUUGUCAUGCUCAUUUAUUUCAGGGAACUGAUGUGUUAGAAAAAGUUGGAGGCCUUCACAACUUUAUGAACUGGAAAAGAGCUAUGUUAACUGUAUGAUUAUUUGAUAUGAUAAUCAAUCUCGUUCCCCGAGUUUGCGAUCCUCGGGAAGGAACGCGAGGCUCUGGCCGUUGAAUUGGAAUGCGUAGUUCAAUCUUAGCCAGGAUUCAUGGAUUAUCCCAGAGCCUCGCAUUCCUUCCCGAGGAUCGCAGGCUCGGGGAAUGAGAUUGUAUGAUAAUAAGUUAUGACUUUAUUUCGAAGGCAGAUUAUUGUAUUUGACUAUUUGUCACUCGCUGUAGGACAGUGGUGGCUUUCAAAUGGUAUCUCUAUUAAAACUCUCAGAAGUCAGUGAAGUAAGCUUUUCUAAAGUUUUAUUGCACUAUUGAGAAUUGUGUCUUUAUUUAUCUUAUAUUACUUUGAAUUCAAUUCUAAUUAAUUCUUAAUUAACUUAUAAUUAAUCACAAUUUGUGACUUGUAGUGAUUAAAACUCCAACAAUAAACACUUCUAAUCAACACUUCUAAUAAACACUUGUAGAAUUUUCUGGUUGGCAAUCAAAACUUCUUAUUGACAAUAGAUUAUAUUGUCUGCCUUAAUUUCAAGCUAUUAAUAGUUUUGUAUCCAAUCAAGCAAAUUCAAAAAGUGUCUAUUAACUCCUAAUUAACUAUUAACAAACAAUUAAUUCCUAAUUCAGUGCUAAUUGUAAAGUUGUAAUGAACUACAGGAAGGUGUGAAGUUCCAGUCACCUCAUGAUGGGUCAGAAAUGUUACUCAGCCCAGAAAAAUCCAUGGAGAUCCAGAAUACAAUUGGGGCAGAUAUUAUGAUGCAACUUGAUGAUGUCAUCAGUAGCCUCACAACAGGGUCGAGGGUUGAGGAGGCUAUGUACAGGUCAAUACGCUGGCUAGAUAGAUGUAUCAAAGCACACAAAAGACCUGCGGAGCAAAACCUCUUUCCUAUUAUUCAAGGAGGACUGGAUCCCAAGUUGAGGGAAAUAUGUUGUCAAGGUAGCUGCAACAUCAUUACACGGUGGUCAAGAAGCCAAAAAAUCAAAUUUUAUCCCUGAAUACAUCCUUCUGGAAAGUUUGUCACUUUGGCUUUAGAGCUGAAGCAUGUAUUUAUUUGCCUCCAAAUUCAAGACUACUACAUAUAAUGAAGAGUUGACAUUUUCUCACUCUGAUAACUGUGCAGACGUCUCCUCUGCAGGCAACUUUGCAGCUUCUCAAACGCAAAUUAUGUUAAAUACCGGUACAAGCGCAGCAAACCUCGGUCUCAUCAACUUUACAGUAAUUGCUUUUACUAUCCCCAACUACCAGGCACGUCUUAGCUAAAUACUACGACAAUACAUCAUAAAUAUUGCGUUGUGCCCUUUUAAAGAAAUUUCGCUGUUUGGGGAAGCCAAACAUUGAAGUCUUCGUAAUCUUUUCACUUAGUUCAGACACAAACGACAAUAUCUUACUAAAUGGCAGUUACUUAUUGUAUCUAGAAAUGGUAAAACGAGACUGUCCUGGCUACGCCAUCGGAGGUCUGAGUGGUGGCGAGGAGAAAGAACAGUUUUGGAAAAUGGUUUCAUUAUGCACAGAUUAUCUUCCUGAAAAUAAGCCAAGAUACUGCAUGGGAAUUGGGUAUGCUAUAAACCUGAUCAGCUAAGAUAUCAAUGAGCAGACUAACACUACAUAACUUGUGCCUAAAACUGUCGCAUGCAACCUGCUUACAACUUGAGUUGUACUGUGUAAGUCAAGCACACAACUCGCUUAUGUUGUCGUAGAUGUGUGUGCCAUCUGGUGCAUGAAAGACUCUAGAGUCUGCGUUGCAGGUUGCCUAAAAUACUUGCUUUUCUCAUUCUAGAUAUACGACUGAUUUGAUAGUGUGUGUUGCUCUGGGUGCAGACAUGUUUGAUUGUGUAUACCCUACCAGAACAGCUGUAAGUACUUGUACAGACACCUCUCUAAUACGGACACUUUGAUCUCUGCUGUAUUUUUUAUUUUAAUAUUUUAUUUUGUAGCGUUUUGGCACCGCUCUGACAGCAACAGGUCAACUGUCGUUAAGACAACAAAAAUUUGCGAGCGAUUUUACUCCAAUAGAAAGUGACUGUCUGUGUUCAACUUGUCGGAAACAUUCGCGAGCUUACGUCCACUCGUUGUUCAGUCGUGAAGCUGUCGGGUGUCAUCUUAUUACAGUCCAUAAUAUCUAUUACCAGGUAUGAAUAUAUAAUCAAUUCAAUUUUGACCAAACACCACACAUUUUCUGGGUCCGUCUGUUUCCUCCUGUAGUAACACUGGAUCAAUAAGGAUUGACUCUUACUGGACCUCUAGGGAGAACAGUUUAGAACUGAUAGAGCUAUCCAGUAUAAAUAAAGUUAGUUUAGUUCAGGUUUCCUGCUGUAGUACCACUGGAUCAAUAAGGAUUGACUCUUGCUGGACCUCUAGGGAGAACAGUUUAGAAAUGAUAAGUAGUAGAUAAGUUAGUUCUUGAUUUAUAUUAUCAAAUAAACACACAUAAUCAUGAUCUUGUGUUCUUUGUUUAGAUGAGAUUAAUGAAAGAGAUGCGUGAUAGCAUUAUGAACGACAAAUUUCCAGACUUCGUUAAGAAACGUUUUAAUUUGUUAUAUCCAGAUAAAAACUUUCCACCAUGGGCUGUGAAUGCUCUCUCUUCUGUUGGGAUAACUCUGGAUUGAGGUGGCAAGACUAGUUGUGUCGGUGUGACUGUCGUCUCACUAAGCACUAUCGCACUAGACUGCGAGCGGUCCCUCCUUUCUCCGGAGGGACUGCUCGCGGUCUAUGUCGCACAGCAAAUGGUUGUCAACCAGCAGUUAUCAAAAUUCUUUUAUGUUGUAGUCUUGGAUUUGGAAGCAAAUAGACAUAACUUAGAGCUUUACUAAUGUAAAUGUCCUUGCUCCUAUAAGUGUCGACAGUGACCACCAAACCAAUUCUGUUUGACCUGAUGGGGUUUUUAUUUAUUAAUAAUAUCUAAUAAUAGAUCAGUGCUCUUUAACAAACAUAAAAUAUAUACAUAGCUUUACAUAGUUAUAAUAAUAAUAAUAAUAAUGAUUUAUUAUCAGUAUUUCCAUACAAUGGCUCUUCACCUGAUAAAACUACUACUACAAUAUCUAAAGAAAUAGUAAGAAAGUUGUAAACCUAGACCUAAGCAUUACAAUUAAAUAGUGAGACAGCAUUGCUUUAAAAUAUUAAAAGUUUGUCUGGAGAAGUCUCUAUGAUCUGUG